ACUUCGAGUUCUACAACGUGGCCUCCAAGGUGCACCCGAGUCCGGGGGCAGCGCGCAGUGUAUGGGCGCUGCCCCUGACAGCCUCCUCCUCAUGCAACAUGGUAGUCGCAGAGGAGGAUGGCCACGCCCACGCGGAUGAGAUUCAUCUAGACCAUCGGCCGCACUCGCCACCUUUAACGGGCCGUGGAGCUGGUGCUGCAGGCGGAGGUGCUGACGACCACGACAACGUGCUCCUUUUCGAGGGGCUAGAUGGAACCACCACCGUAAAUUUGGAUGACAUUUUCGACAUCAUAAAGAAUGGUGAGGUCAGCGAGGUGGAGAAUCUAGUGGACAAGUUCGGCAUGGAGUGCCUGUCCGCGCGGGAUCGCCAUGGUUACACACCCGCCCACUGGAUAGCUCUCAAUGGGAACGUUCAGCUGAUGAGGUACCUUAUUGAGCGGACAGCUCCUAUCGAUUUGCCCUGCCUGGGCACCCAGGGUCCGCGACCCAUUCAUUGGGCAUGCAGAAAGGGUCAUGCCUCCGUAGUCCAGGUGCUGCUCCAAGCGGGCGUGGCUGUCAAUGCAGCUGACUUUAAGGGAUUGACGCCACUUCACCUGGCCUGCAUGUACGGCAGAACAGCCACCGCUGCCUAUCUCCUGGGAAUGGGAGCCCUUAACAACCUGACGGAUAUCAACGGAGACACGGCUCUGCACUGGGCUGCCUAUAAGGGACAUGCGGACUUGAUGCGGCUGCUCAUGUACUCGGGAGUGGAACUCCAGAAGACGGACAACUUUGGGUCCACACCCCUGCACCUGGCUUGUCUGUCCGGCAACAUGACCUGUGUUCGUCUGUUGUGCGAGAAAUCUCAGCUGGAUCUGGAGCCGCGGGACAAGAAUGGAAAGACUCCUAUUAUGCUGGCGCAGGCGCAUCAGCACCAGGAUGUGGUGCGCCUUCUUUACGGCGAGGUGAAGAAGAAGUCCCGAUGGAUACCCUCGGUUUCGGAGAGCUGGGGCUGGCUUUUCGGAGGUGCCGGCGAUUCCAAGGGUCCCCUCUUCCUUUUUCUAUUCUCGGUGCUCCUCUGGGGCUAUCCGAUGUACAUGAUUCGGGCGAUUCCCAUUACCUGGAACAUAUUGAGGCGCUCCCACUACUGCUUUAUAUACUGGAACGCCGUUAUGUGGAUCAGUUGGGCUAUUGCCAACCGACGGGAUCCCGGAUACAUACCCCUCAGCUCAGACGCCUACUACCGGGCCAUAAAGCAGAUUCCGUACUUCGACAAGCUGAAAAAGAGGAACGUUAUGUUGACGAGGUUGUGUCAUAGUUGUCGAUGUCUUCGGCCACUCCGGGCCAAGCACUGUCGCGUGUGCAAUCGGUGCGUCUCGUACUUUGACCACCACUGCCCCUUCAUCUACAACUGUGUGGGUCUGCGUAACCGGAUGUGGUUCUUCCUGUUUGUUCUCUCGGUGGCCGUGAACUGCUCAUUUACCAUCUACUUUGCCUGCUACUGCGUCAUGAUCGAGGGCUUUACGCUGCUAUACGUCCUGGGAUUGAUAGAGGCAGUGGUUUUCUGUGGGCUUGGAUGGAUCCUUACAUGCACUUCGAUCCUCCAUGCCUGUAUGAACCUUACCACGAACGAGAUGUUCAAUUACAAGAGAUAUUACUAUCUGCGAGAUAAGCGAGGUCGCUACCAGAAUCCCUUCUCGCGAGGACCUAUUCUCAAUCUUCUGGAGUUCUUUGUAUGCUUGCCGGAUCGAGGUGAUGACAACGAUCUGCUGCUGGAGGAUAACAUUUGAUUAAGGAUCUAGGAUCGAGCCCCUGCUCGCCGGCGAAAGGUGCCCGUGCGUGGAUAAUGAUGUGAGGAGGCAGCCGGAGACCCACUCGGGUAGGCUGCCCGUUUUGUUUUGCUCCCAAAGCUUUCUGCUUACGCGAAUGCUUCGAACUGAAGGUCAGCAAGUGCGUUUUUUAUCAUCUACAAUUGCAAUCAUGAUAC